CGCCACCGAGAUCGAUCAAUCGCACCGCAUCCGGCGGGCACCAUGGACAUGGAGCAGCAGCUGCUGCACUUCACGCCGCAGGAGCACUUGAUGGCCAGCCCGGGCUUCCUCGCCGUGGGCGGCGGCGGAUAUGCGGCGCAUUUCUCGGCCGGUGGGUUCGUCGAGCCUCUCGGCGCCGCAGGUAGUGGCAUCCACGACGGCGGGUCGUGGGCGGUGGAGGACCUCUUGCAGCUCGGCGACGAGCUGUUCGGCGGCGAUGUCACUUCCGUCGUCGGCACGGGAGACUAUCAUCAGCCCUGGCAGCUAGACGGCAACGGCGGGUCCCCGUACGGCGGUACGCCGCCGAGAGUGUCGACGGAUGGGGACGGGAGUCACGGGAGCCCUCCUACCGGGGAGCAACGUGUCGCCGGGGAGCUUGCCACCGAGCAGCACCGCGAGGACCCCGACGACGCGUCGCCGGCGACGCGGAAGCGGAGGGACCGGUCCAAGACCAUCGUGUCGGAGCGGAAGCGGAGGGUCCGGAUGAAGGAGAGGCUCUACGAGCUGCGGUCGCUCGUCCCCAACAUCACCAAGAUGGACAAGGCCUCCAUCAUCGCCGACGCAGUGGUGUACGUCAGGAACCUGCAGGCGCACGCCCGGAAGCUCAGGGAGGAGGUCGCGGCCCUGGAGGCGCGGCCGAGGUCGCCCGCUGGCCGGCGCGAGCAGGAGCAGCAGCACGGCGGCCGCGCGGCGACGGCGGCGGCGGCCUGCCGGCGCCUGCAGGACCGCCGCGGCCACGGCGCGCGGCUGGCGCACGUGGGCGUGGUGCAGGCCGGCGAGGGCCGGUUCUUCGUGACCGUCGAGUGCGAGCGGCGGGACGGCGUGGCGGCGCCGCUGUGCGCCGCCGUGGAGUCGCUGGCGUGCUUCCGCGUGGAGAGCUCCAGCCUCGUCCGGUCGGGGCCGGACCGCGUCGUGUCAACGCUCACGCUCAAGGUGAGCGAGCAAGCAGGGGCUGCCACCAUCGGCGAGGGCUCGGUGAGGCACUGGGUGAUGUCGGCUCUGCUCGAGGAGGGGUUCCUGCCCGAAGCGACGGUCGAGAUCUCCUCGCGGUCCACGUGUCGACCGAUCAACUGGUAUUCAGACACCGUUUGGAACCAUGGAGCGUCGUGAAUCAUCUGAGACUAGCUUAGGCCUUGAUGACCGCUCUCUCCAUGUCAAAUUAUCUUGCUAGUUCCCCUCUCUCUCAGUUCUUUUGUGUGAUCUGGACCGCCCAUCUGGCCGCUGUCACUGGCACCUGUGUGCUUAUCCUGUUGAAAACUUGAAAUCAAUGGUACCGUAGU